GGACUCGCGAACGUUCGGACACGAUUCUCCGCGUUUAUUACUAUAAACUACCGGUACGAGUGCUGCCGCAAGAUGAGCGUGUAGACACUCCUUAUUUGUGCGUGCAAUCGUCCAUUUUCGUGUUUGUUCUGUCAAGUGAUUCGCGGGAAAAAACGCGACACAGCAGCACGCUUCGUAUAAAUAUCGUACCGGAGGCUGCACGGUGGGAGAACCAAGCGUGUUAUUCAUCUCGGUCGUUGCUCCGAAUUCUCUAAACCUCCGAGCAGUUGCAGAAAAUCAAACAGCGCAGAGCGAGUGAGUGAGUGAGUGAGGAUGAGUGAAUACGACUAAGAGAGAAGGGGAGAUAGUGCAAAAGCCCGAAAGAGAGAGAGAGAGACACAGAGAAGGAAAAAAAACGAGAAUGACCAUGAGUUACAAUCAUGUGCAGACUAUUCGAAAACUCGUGACAAAUAUAAAUGGCUUUAAUCGGGAGCGUCCUACUCGGGAAUUAAAAUGUGACAAGAUACAAAUCAGAGCUCGCCUCGGACAAUUGCAUUGUCAUCGUAUCGGGGGUUAAUCGAUCGCGUGCUCGCCAAUGACCAUAACAACAUUGUCGUUGUAUAUGCUUCACAGGGGCAUUAGCCGAGUAAACGAGAAAUCAUGGUCAUGGAAGCAUCAGCAAUGGUCGUCGAUUAUCUUGUCUUCGUCGCGGUCAUUAUCGCAUCGUUCGUCAUACCGCUUUGGGGAAGGUUCAGGGCUAAGAAAAAGGAGACGAAAGCGGAUUAUGUAUUCGCAACCGGUACCGUUUCGAUGGGCGCAAUGAUGCUCUCCAUUGCUCGUGGUACACUCGGAGUGAGAUCCUUUCUCGGCUACCCAUCGGAACUUUAUUAUCGCGGUAGCGCAAUGUGGGAAACUCUCUACGGAAUGUUACUCUCCUAUCCAAUAGUAUGUUUCAUCUUCGUGCCUGUCUACUACAACCUUGGAAUCACGUCGGUCUAUCAGUAUCUCGACAUGAGAUUUAAAUCAAAAUUGGUGCGAUGCCUCGCAAGUUUUUCGUAUGUUAUACGAAGUCUCCUGAAUCUCGCAGUGACGGUAUUCACACCGUGCGUUGCAUUAAAAACUGUCAUAGGUUUGCCUUAUUGGGCAAGCAUCCUCGGGAUUACGACGAUAUCGGUCGUCUUUUCGUCUAUGGGUGGUCUUAAGGCAGCCAUCAUGUCAGACGUAAUUCAGGGAGUCACAAUGAUCGGAGUUUCUCUGGCUAUCAUCGGUCAGGGCGUCUUCGAUAUUGGCGGCUUACGGCCCGUCCUUAACAUAACCCACGAGCGUGGACGGCUUGAUUUCUUUGACUUCAACAUGGACCCAACGAUCCGUGUUACGACAGUCUCAGCAACACUGGGUCAGCUCUUCAUGAGUCUUUCGAUUUUCGGUUGUCAGCAAAAUUUUGUUCAGCGAUAUUGCAGUAUGAGCAGUCGCAGUAAAGUUGUGAAGACGAUGAUGACGAACAUGCCAGUUAUAACGAUAUUGUUUUCGUUAUCGUGGGUCGUUGGUAUGGUCAUCUUCGCGAAUUAUGCGGACUGUGAUCCUCUGAGCUUAGGCUACAUAUCAAAGUUCGAUGAGAUAGUGCCGUUUUACGUCGAGGACAAAUUGGCCUAUUUGCCAGGUCUGUUGGGUCUCGUUAUGGCAACCCUGUUCAACAGUGCACUAACUCUGGCCGUAUCCAACCUCAAUUCCCUCGCAACGGUUACAUUCGAGGAUUUUCUAAGUCAGAUACCGGCGCUGAGCAAUCUUCGGGACACGCAGCAGCUUCAUCUAAUCAAGAUAAUCGGUGUUAUAUACGGUGUGGUGGUGGUAGGCAUAAGUUUCCUGGUGGCAAUGCUUUCGGGUGUUAUUGAGUCGUCGAUGUUGAUGACUUCGGCAACGUCAGGACCGUUGCUGGGUGUCUUCGUGUUGGCUAUGUUGGUACCAUGCUGCAAUUGGAAAGGUGCUGCAGGGGGUAUGAUUUUCAGUCAUAUAACAACCUUGUGGAUCACGUUCGGACACUUGUCGUUGACGAAUGAGGCAGAAACCCUGCCACUGUCAACGGUUGCUUGUCAGAACGACACGUUUUCACCGCAUCUGACGAGACCUUCGAGUCUUUACUCACCGGUCCAACGGUUAGAAAAUGCCUUCUCGACUACGCCCAGUCCAGUCUCGAGCAACACGAGCCAAACACCAAUAGAAUUUCUCUACGGCAUAACCUACAUGUAUUACGCUUUUAUUGGCAGCAUGACGACUAUCAUAGUUGGCAUAUUAGUGAGUCUUAUUACUGCCGAUGCGAAAGAGGAUGCGUACGAAGAACAUUUGUUACAUCCACUAGCACUGAGAUUUUCAAAAUGGUGUCCUGGCAAGCCACGCCUUUACGCCAGCAGCACGAGAUUAGCCGAUCCUCACACAACGACGAAUCCGGCUUACGCCGAUUCGCUAACCUCUAUAACUAACGGUACGAGCAAAUUAAAUCCAUUCGCCGGAACUGAUAGCGACGGCAAGGUGCAGCUCAAUGCUGCCUACGUUGAUAAACUCAAUGCUCUUAAGGAAGCCUCCCUCGAUGUUAGCAACGAAGUGACCAAAGGCACGAGAUUGUGAGUUAUCGUUCAAAUGAAUAUUCGACCAACGGAGGAACAAUGAAACUCUGCUUACUUCUGCGAUUUUUAAUUAUGAUUUUUUUGAAAAAUCAAUUCAGUGAAAACAGUGCCAAAUUUCGCAUAACGGACUAGAAUACUAUGCAAUCGUAGAUUUCACGUUGCGUAUUUUAUUCUUUCAUAAUGUUUAUAUUAAUAUAAAUGUGACCGAAAGCGAAGCGCUUGAGGAGACUCCGAGGGCCGAGACAAAAGAGUUUUGCGUCGAUGUCCAAGCGGAAUUAUUCGAGGGCCUCAUUUCCGAAAGACUUUUGUUGCCUCGACGAUAAACAAAUGAGAAAUAUUUUUUAUACGAUUACACAAUUGUACCGUCGGAAUCCCCCAAUUUUUUUCAUUGUUUUUCUCUCGUUUCGACGAUCUUUGGACAAGUCCCGUAGAGAGGUUAGAUGAGACUGACGAUAGCGAUUGAAUCGACAAUGUCUAUCGAGUAAUGAUAUUCAAAAGAUUCAAUGAAGCUCGCUGUAUUUAAGAAGAAAAACAUUGUACAGUACUCGAUAAUUCGUUUCCUGCGAUCUUUUUGCUGUCGCUCUCAGCUCCUUAACUCCAGAACUCAUGGUUAAUUUACCUCAAGACCUCGCAGUGAACGAAUACUUGUUACGUGUUGUUGUUACAAAACAAUAGGUCGAAUUUUAAUAGUUAACUUUGAUUGUUUUUUUUUUCUUAUCAUGUGAAUUACUGUGAUGCCACAUGAGUGUGAUCAAGAGAUUGUAUUCCGUUUUUUCGGCUCUGUAAAUAUAUUUUUUGUAAUGCCAGUUUGAUUGAAGCAGCGCUUGAGUAAAUCAUGUCAUAAGUCAUUGGUCCGGAUGUUUAUGCCGAAAAACAACGUGAACAUUUGAAUUGGCAUUGACUUUGUGUAUUGUUAUACUUUGUGGUUUUCUAGUUUAAUCCUUUAUUAUUUAAGUUUUACCAUUUUCUUUAUCCGCACAGUCAUCGAUAUGGCAUGAAGGAGAUGUAUAAUUAUAUCGCGAUAAGCAACGUGAUCAUGUAUUUGAAUAGAGAUCUGCAGCGUCCUAACGAAUGUUUGAACAUAGCCGCAACUAUACAAGGCAUUUAAAGCCGAAUCGACAAGUUUUUCAGACCUCAGCCCUCAUUUAUUUGUCUGAUUUUCAUGUUUUUUUUUAAGUUUUGAUCACGGCUAUUUGUGAGGGUGCAAAUGUAAAUGUAAUGUAAAUGUAAAUGCAAUGUAAAUGAACAUAAUUCGAAGGAUUGUAAAAACGGUCGUUCGACUUACGUGAAUGAAUUAUUUACGAAAAAAGCAACAAAUUGAAUAAAAAAAAAGUUCUUGA